AUGGAAUCGCAAUCUUAUACUUCUUUUAGAAAGGGUCGAAAAUUGUUGGCAGAAAAGAAAAGACGAAACAGAAUUAACGAAUGUUUGAACCAGAUUAAAAACUUGUUAUGUGACGAUUCAGUUUUUUCUGAAAGGGAACUUGAUGAUAAUAAAAUGGAAAAGGCGGACAUUCUGGAAUCUGCAGUUGAGUUCAUCAAGAAA